UUGAUCGCGUUCAGACGCAUAUCCCGUCCAGUUCGCCGUACUUCUCUGGGGGUAUAAAAACGCGCUUUACUCAUCCGCCGGUUCUUCUAUUUCACAUUACCGUGACACACACACACAUAAACGUAUAGUGAAAAGUGCAGUGACCAACAAAUCAGAUAAUGUACGUUAAGUGUUGACAAAAAGGAACUAGGACACCCAAAGUCCUGUCCUUGCGUGUGUGCGCGAGUGUGUUUUAGUGUGCAUCGGAAGUAAAUGCAUCGGGUCCAAAAAAAAAAGGGAAAAGAAAAUCCGAUGCUCGUGUGUGCAAUUGUGUGAUUUUAUCGUGUAGUCACCCCCGCCAAGCGAAAAGUAAUCAAUACAACAGAAAAUAAAAGUGUAUAGUUGAAGUAAAAAAUUGCCAUGCCCAAGUUGGUUGGCUGGUGAAAGCGCAAGGCGCAACGGGGGGGGAGGUAGUGGAGAGUGACGUGUGCGCCACCAAUCAUGUCCAUGAUCCGUUUCGUACGCCGUAAAUGUUACGACGCCGCGCGUUGCGUAAGAAGUGCAGGAAGCCGUGAUGGGUGGAAGUGCAGCAAAAGGUUAUUGUAAAGCGAAGUGAUUUUCAGUUCGGAGAAGCAAAGGAAAAGAUCGCAUCGAAUCUCUCUCCCCGCGCCGCCGCGGCCAUGGAGGAGGCCGUGUUGUAAAAAAAGUGUAAUAUAGGAUCCAAAAACCGCCGCAGACUCGUCGCAGUGGUGGGAAGCAGGCAGUAGUAGUGUGUGUGUUGAUCGUGCGAUGAGUGUGAAUCUGUUUCGCGGGUUCAAUAAAUGUGUAUAUUCACUACGUAGGCAAGUGGUAAUAAUCUUAUAAUCCAACUGUUGUUCACCAGUAUCGAUCGCACUCGCCCCCGCACGACGUAUGCUAAGAAUCAACAGUGAUCAACAGUGAUCUCUAUAACCUCACGAAGAACGGCUACAGCGGAGUUUUGAGGUGUUGAGAUAAAGUGUACAAAAAAGUUUAAAACUACGUUCGAAAAAUUGCUCGGUGGCGCAGUGCAAACGAAGCGCAUUCGCGGAGAAAAGACGCGAGCAAAGAUCGGCCCCGAGCUUUCUUCCUCCUCGCCAUCGAGCCCUAGAGCGGGCUUGAUUGCGCUUUUUAUUUUGCGGCGCACCGGGAAACACACACAGCCGUCAAAAUUGGAAGAAUGGAUAAGGAGGGCGACAAGAAGGGCGGCGAGAAGAAGGGUGGUGGCGGCGGGCAGUCGGGAACCGGUCUGGGAGGCGCAGCCGGUGUCAACGAUCCGGCCGCGCUGCUAGAUGCCGCCUCGCUUUUCGCUUACUGGGGACGCGACCCCUCGGCCAUGGCAGCCGCGGCCGCCUCGAACCCGCUGUUCGGUUCGCAGUUCGGCAUGCCCGGUGGCCUCGGCGGGCUGAUGCCGAACGCCGGCACCGGCUCCGGCAACGGAAACGACCGCUUCGCGAUGUCCCACCACAACCAGAACACGAUGGCCGUGGCCGCGUCCCAGGCCGCCUCGCUGGCCGGUUUGCACAACAGUUGGUGGUCGAUGGCUCAGCUGGCGGCCCAGGACUACUUCGCCCGCCUGCAAGCCUCCGGUAUGGCCUCCCAGCUGCCCUUCUCGCACGACCUGGCCGGAGCGUUCCCGGGGCUGGGGCUCGGCGCGAUGAAUGCCGCAGCCGCCGCUGCCGCCGCCGCAGCCUCGGGCGGUGGCAGUGGGUCGCCGGGUGGUGGAGGCGGCGGUGGAGGAGGUGGUGCCGGCGGUGGCAACUCUGGCAAGGGUGGAUCGGGCGGUGGAAAGGGCAAAAAGCGCGACCGCAGCAGCAACAGCAACAGUAGCAACGCCAGCAAUUCCGGUGCCGGCGGUGGAGGCUCGUCUGGUGGCAUGUCCGGAGGCGGUAUGGGUGGCGGAGGGGGCGGUGGUGGCAACAAUUCGUCUUACAAGAACUCCUCCUCGCCGUCUGCAUCACAAGCCGCAGCCGCAGCCGCCUACAAGCAAUCCCUCUACAGUCAAGCCACACUGCACAAGGAGCUGAUGGCCAUAACGGCGGCCGCCGCAGCCGCCCAGAACCAACAGUCCGGUGGCAAUAGCGGCGGAGGUGGAAGUGGCAGCAGUCAGCAGCAGCAACAACAGCAGCAACUCCAACACCACCACCAGCAGCAGCAGCAACAGCAACAACAACAGCAGCAGCAACAACAACUGCAGCAACAUCAACAGCAUCAGCUCGCCAGCUUGGGCAUGUUGAGCGGCCUUGGUGGCUCCGGUUCGAUGGGUGGUGUUGGUGGGAUGGGCGGUGGCGGAAGUGGCGGUGGUGGAUCAUCAAAGCAAAAGUCAUCCGGUGGUGGCGGCGGCUCGUCCGGUGGAGGAGCAAACUCGUCCUCCUCGUCGAUGACUUCCUCGUCGCCGCACGGUGCCAGCCGGUUGAUCGGGAACGAUUCCAUUUCCAUCACACGCGGCUCCAGUUCGCCCUCGGUGAACGCCAGCAAGCAGCAGCCGACGCCCAGCGUUACCAUCAGUGCCAGCCACGGAGGUCCCGGUUCCUCCCAGCAGAACCAUCUGCAAGGCCUCUCGUCCUCUCGCUCUUCGAAGGAUGGUGGAGGAGGGGGAGGGAAGGGUGGCAACAGUAACGCCAACAGUGGACCGAGUGCGGCCGAUUUGGGUCUAAGCGCUUCCAUGAAUGCGCUCAGCACGCUGUCCCAGUUCAACAAUCUCGACCUAACGUCGCAGCAGAACGUGACGGCAACGAUGAACGCACUAGUCGCGAGCCAGGCCAAGGGAAAAGAUUACAUUUCGUCCGGAAUACUGAGUGAUCCUUCGUCGCUGCUCGGCGUACGGUUGCCGCCGGAUACGGAGAUCAUCAAGUACACCUCCUCCAUCGUGGGACCGAAAGCGCCGGGCACGGGCGGUCGCGGACCCAAGCGCCAGCGACUGGAACAGAACGAGUUUGGUGGCGGAAGCGGCGGUGGAAGCGGUGGAAACAGUGGCGCAUCUCAUCUCGGUUCUUCGUUGGGCAUGACCUCGGGUGGAUCCGUCUCGAGUGGCGGUGGUGGACUGCUUCCUCCCGGUCUUUCCCAUCACCAUCAGGUCGGGAGCAACGGUGGAAUUGGAGGACUCGGGCCAUCCGGUGGUGGUGGUGGUAGUGGUGCAUCGAACGAUCGGAUAGAGGUCAUCAAGCUACCACCGACGAUAACCUCGAACGGGGUGUACAGUGCCGGCAAGGGUAGUGGUGGUGGAAAAGACUCCAUGGUGGACCACAUGAACGAAUGGGCCGGAUUGAAUCUCAGUGCGAAGGGGGGCUCGUCGGGUGGUGGUGGAUCAUCGUCUGCGGCGGCCUCGAUCGUGUCGUCGCUUACCGCGGCGGCCGGCAUGAACAGUGGCGGCUCCAAUCAAUCGUCAUCGAUGCUUGAGCAGGACGAUGCUCCGUUGAAUCUGUCGAUGAAACCAUCGAAGGGUGGAUCGUCCAACGAUGGUGCUGGUCGAGGUGAUUCUACCUCAUCCUCACCGGCCAUUUCCGGCGCAAGUGCGAACAGUCUGCAGAGCCUGAGCACCAUUACGGCCGCGCUCGGAGGAUCGGGCGGUGGUAGCGACUCUUCGCGAUCUCAGUUCAAGGAAGGUCGUCCACGUAACCUAGGCCGUGGGGUUUCGAAACCGAAGAAGAACACGGUUGCCUCGCUGUUGGCGCAAAGUCGAGCCGUCGGUUCGAAGCCUCUCACUGCUCAGCAGCUUCUCACGCAGGAAGCGGAAAUUGAAAAACUUCGCCAGGCCAUGAUCGAAGCGAGUCGAAACCAAUCGAUGGACAAUAGCACCUCGAACACGAACACCGAUACGGAGAGCAUCUCCGAGAGCGGAAUGUCCGAGUCGGAGGGCGAGGAACACAUCAACGUGAAGGACCUCCGGGUGCCGCUGGAGAAGGGUUGGCGGCGGGAGACGGUUAUCCGUGGGCUAACGAAGAACGGUCACAUUAAGGGCGAUGUGUUCUACUAUCCACCGCAGAGUGUUAACAAGAUGAAGGGAAUGAAUCAGAUUCAGUUGUACCUGGAUCAGUUCAAACCGAAAGACCUGAACCGGGACAACUUCAGCUUCUCGGCGAAAGCGAUCGUCGGCACGUUCCUACAGCCUGCCCCGCCCCCGUACGCCACCGACGGGGAGUUCAUCAAGAUGACCGACGUGGAGGUUGGCCGUCGGUUGGAGGAGCUAAAGAUGUUCACCCGACAUGCCGCGCUUGGCGUUGAACAGCGGAUCGAAAUAGCCAAGCAGCAGCAAGCCCUCCGGGACGCGAAAAAGCUCGCCAAGGAGGAGAUGAACAAGAACAAAGAGAAGGCAAGACAAGCCAAGGAAGCUGAAAGAAAUGAACGCUUGGAGCAGCAGCGCAAGGAACGGGAGCUGAAAAAUCAGCAAGCUCUCGAGGCGAAAAAGAAGCGCGAGGAAGAACUAGCUCGUCAGAAGGCAGAGGAAGCCGCACGGAAGGCUCAGGAAAAAGAACAGAAACGGCAGCAGGCCCUACUGCAAAAGGAACAGGAACUGGCCAAGCAGAAGGAACUAAUGUACGCAAUGGAAAUGGAACGUGAAAGAAGAAGGCAGCAUAUGGCACUGAUUAAGCAGUUGGAACUGAGACGCAAGUUCGAAGAGAAGGAAAAGAAGAAGCAUCAGGUGAUAUUGGACAAGUUAAUUCAACGGGAGAAGAAACUGGUGAUGCGCAAGCGUGACACAAACAUAUUGGCUGAGUUGAGAAAACCACAAGAAGAUUCGGAGAUCGUCGAUCAAACGGAGCUUCCUGGUUUCUCGCGUAUCCCUGGCCUGAAGCUGACCGGCACCGGGUACGCCGAUCUGCUGAUGGUGUUCGAAUUUUUGCACAACUUUGGCGAAACACUUGGUUUCGACAUGGAAUCACUGCCCAAUCUGCAAUCACUCCACCUAGCGCUCACGUCGGAAAAUGCGAUCGACGCGGAGGAAGAGUUGCUGUCAGUGAUGACACACCUUCUGGUGUGCGCCAUCGAAGACCCCGGCAUUCCGAACCCCGGCCGUCACACGACACUGCUUGGCCAAACACUUCGGCAAGCGGACAUCACGCACACGAACGUGUCGGAAAUACUGCGCAUCUAUCUAUACGCCGUCGCUACGGGUGAGGUGAAGCUUCAGUCCGGCAUCAACCUCGAACGAGACCGGGACGCACCUUCCAAACAUCACUUAGUCAAUGAUGAAGACUUCAAGAUGUGUAGCACGAAAAACUCCCAGUUCUACGAGCUACUUGCCGAAAACGCGCGCUACAAGCUGUCGGAGUUGCUGAAGGACAAACCGUUCGUGGCGCUCAACCCAACGACCAAGACGGAAAUCCUGGCGAUGCUGUGCAACGAUUUGCUGAUGAACAAGGCCGUUUGCAAGCAGAUCGAUAGCAGCCUAGAGGCACAGGCACAACUGAAGAAGGAGCGCUACCUGUUGGACAACAAGAUUCGCAAGUAUAAGAUGCUGGUAGCCCGCAAGCAACGGUUGGAGCAGUACGAGAAAGCACAACAGGCCGCACUAGAGAAGUCACUUUCGAUGAAAGCGGCGGAAGAGGCGAAGCGAGCGGAGGAAGCAGCAGCAGCAAUGGCUGCUGCAUCGGCAGCGGCUGCAGCUGCGGCGGCAACGUCGGCAACCUCGGAGCAACAAGAAGACGCGUCUACGAGUGGAGAUCCAAAAGCGACAGACUCGGAGGGUGGCAAUGCGAUAAACGGUGAAGAAAGGGGAGGAGAAGGUGGAGUUGUUGUCGAAAAUGGCCCUUCUGUCGAAGGUAGUAAUGAAUUGCCGGAUGAGACGGGUGAUGCACCGGUGGUGCAACCUCCAACCUUAGAGGGAAGUCGUUCUGGAGAGCUUGAGGAAGGUGAAAUUGUAAACAAAACCGAUGGAGAAGUUAGUACCAGGGGUCCUUCAGAAGCUAAUGAGGAUGGAAAUAAGACUGACGACGAUGACGACGAUGAUGAUGAUGAUGAUAAUGAUGUGGUUGAGAUUGUUCCAAUGCCUGUUACGUGCACCGUCACGGAAGACUCUUGCCCCAACACAAUUCCACCUUCGGCGGAAGAUGAGGAGCAGCAGGCAAUGACCAAUGCUGUCGUUUCGGCAAUGAACGAAGCGGAUCAUCCUUUAGCGGCUACAACAGAAUCGGCCUUACCACCGGCAGACAACAACCAGCAUCCGGAACCGAUGAACGGUAUCGAAAGUAUUGGGGAAAGCCCGUCGAUUCAAACGGACGAGAAUGGCACCGGUAUGGCGAGUAUUGUGCCACAAGAAAAUCACAACAAUCAUUCACAUACCACGAAUGAGAACCAAUCAUCAGUGGCACCGGUAACGUCACCACAUACAAAUUUCCCUCCAAUGGUGCAGCAACAUAAACCGAUGAUGCAGCUGGAACCGGGUGAAAUUCCUCCUCCAGGGAUGGAUAUAUCGGCGCUGGGUGGAGCAUAUCACCAUCAACAUCCUGCAGCAGCUACGACGGAAAUACCGACCAUUUCUGUACCCUCGACCCCGGAGGAAAGCCCAGUCAAAAUGGGAGACCAUCAUCAGCUCCAUCAGCAAGUGGAUGGGACUAAUGGUGAGGCGAACCUGAAACCUCUAAUUCCCACUUGUGAUCUAACGGGCAGUGGUGAGCAACCGCAACCGGGUCAGGUGGGCCAACCAGGAGUGACACCACUGCACGCCAACAAUUCGUCCGCCUCCGAGUUGGACUUGCUCUCGAAGUCGAUGAUUAACGAUCAUGCGACGUGCGGUGACCGUGCGGAUGAGGACAACAGUGACCUGGAGAGUGAAGGAACACAGCUGGAAGAGGACGAAGACGCACACCUGACGGCGGAGGAAGCUCAGCGAAAGUACGACAAAAUACUGGAAACAUCCUUCCAGAACAAACAACAGCUGGAGAAUGCGCUCAAUCAGCUACGGGUAAAGUGUUUCGGGCAGGAUCGCUACUGGCGGCGGUACUGGAACCUCGGCAAGUGUGGCGGUAUCUACGUGGAAGCGAUGGAAUCGACCCAGCCCGAUAUGUACCGUUACGAGAAUGCGCUCGAGGAGGUACAAAGCCGUCCAGAUUACGUGCCAAAGUACGCUCCGGCCAUCAAAGCGGACACAAGCAGUGAGCAGCAGGUGAAGCAGGAUCCCGAUGUAAAACCCGGAACCAACUGUAAGCAGGAGGAAGGUGAUGGGCAAGGUGUGAAAAAGGAAGAAGAAGGUACCGGUACAGAGGAGAGCACAGUGGAUGAUCGUAAGCGGAAACGCUGCUCUUCGGUAUCGUUGAAGAAGUUGAAGAAGAAGAAAAAGAAGCCGAGAACCACCUCGGAGGGUGGAACGUUCGGAGGCCAUGAGACGACGGGUUACAAUGAUGGCGGUGGUGCUGCUGACGAAGACGACGGUGACGACGAGGGCGAAGAAGGAGAGGAAGAUGAGGACGAUUGCUCGAGAACUAGCUACAGUAAUGGGCCCGCACUGGAGGAUGGUCGUACGGCGGAUUCUCAGUCGGACGAUUGUAAGAUUAUCGACGAGCCGGAAGUGGUACUGACAGAGGGUGGUGGUGGUAGUGAGGGUGCACCAACGGGUAGUGUCGCGGAAGAUCAGGCACGAGCGGGAUUAGUAGAAAACCCACCCGUGUCGGAAUCGGUUGAAUCUGAGCAACAAAAAUCGAUCGAUGAAAAUCGGUUGGAAAAUCAUCAAUCAUCGCUCGGACACGGCGGUGAUGCUUCAUCCCGCCCACAGAUGGAAUCGGUUCCACAGAACGCCACUCCCCUUCCUAGAAAACCAGACGAUCAGCUUAUGGACAUCGAGGAUUCGAUCCCGACGGCGAUCCUCGUGCAGAAGGGGAACGAUCACGAUCAAACGAAGACGGUCGAGGUUAACAACCAGAUCGGUGGUGUGAAUGUGUCCCCCGGGGGACAACCACAGUCUCAACCGAAGCCUCAACAAGACGACGAUGAUGACGAUGUGACGAUGGUGCAGGAGGAAACGCCAACGAUCACGAUCCCCGACGACGACACGGACAGUGGCGAUCGUAUGGAAGGUUCUGGAGGCAAGGCUUCCGACCUAACGGAAGCUGGCCCGCGGACAGGGGCGGACGGUGGAAGCAGCAGCAGCAGCAGCAUGAACUGUGAUAUGAAGCCAAAAUUGGUGGAGAAUGGUGUGGUGGAGCUGCGCGAUCCGGGUGAGCUGGUCGAGUGUCAGCUGCAGGAAAUGGACGACGAUGAGGAGAUCGUACCGCCCGGGUCGGGAUGUCGCACGAACGGUGCCGAUUGUAAACCGAACGUUGGAAGCGAAAGCAACGGUGGUGGAGGUGUUGAUCGUAAGCCACCGAAGACGACAACGUCGUCCGUGAUUUCGUACGGUAGCGAUGUAGAGAUGAUCGAGGUGAAGGACGAGGAUAGCAAUGCGGGAGUACCAUCCAUCCCAGCACCUAUCAUGCCCGGAAGCUACCUGUAUCUGCGCAAUACGGACACCAAGCAGGAGAAGGAAUUUAGCGAUCAGCUACUGAACCGUUGGUUUUCGAUUGUGGACAAGGAGCUACCACUGUCGAGUACCGAAUGUCCACUUCCGACGAUUAACGGCAGCACUCCGGCAUCGAUGGCGCGUCAAAUUUUCACCAACAUUACGUGUCGUGAAAUCUGUCAAAUUCAAGGCAACCGAUGGGACAUUGGGAACAACAUUCAAUUCUUCAGCGUUCCGCUUGAGAAGGGUGUCGAAAUUCACUUUCCCAACGAGUCGAUCCUCUCGCUAUCCGGGCUGGACGAUGACGAGAUGCACGAGGUGAUCGCAAAAAAGUCUCGCCCGGAACCGCUGCAGCUGUCCGACAUGAAGCCAGCAUUCAAGCGUGAAACGAUCGAAUAUUCGUACAGCACAAACCAUCCGAACCAGAUUCGGUUGCGUGCGGAACUGGCGGAGGAGCCGGCCGACCCGGAAGAGUACGGUCACUUCUCGCUGCCAGCGUACAUGACGCUGACGCUCUCGAACCUAACCGCGUACGUGCAGUGCGAUCAGUUUCAACCGCUCCAGAUGACACCGGAAGAAGAAAAACAACUGGAGGACAUCAAGAUACACGGAGCACCACGCAAGACGGACCCGAAAGUGGUGCCACGGGAGUUCCGCUACGGUUGGUGGAAAAUCAACGACAUCGAGGAGCUGAACGAGCUAAUCAAAGCACUCAAUCCACGCGGGGUUCGAGAACGACUGCUGCGUCAAAGUUUGCUCGAGUCACUGGCGGAAAGUGUCAACCUUUCGACGCCGCACCACGUUUCGCAUCCACGCGCCCCACCCCCACCGAGCGGUUACAUCGAACCGGAAGCGUGGAACGCCUGGAACCCAUCGAUCGCACGCCGUGUCGAGGUAGCGCUACUCGAUCAGAUCGAAGCGAUGGAGGACAAGGUGGCGAGCGCCUCGAUGCAGGUGAAAGGCUGGCAGAUGCCGCAGCGCGAAGGUGACAGUGAGAAUGGUGCCCCGGAAGACGUCACGAUUGAGAUGCUACGCGAACGCAUCCUCGGACUUGAGGCGGCCAUCGAACGACGCUACCUAAAGCCACCGUUGGGAAUCAACACCACCGAGGCGCAGAUGGCGGUUAUUGCGCAACAAGAGGCGCAGCACCAUCAAAACAAUUCGAACGUGUCCAACCUGUCCAACUGCUCGAACAGUUCCGCCGAGGAUGAGAAUCUCCCGAAGGGUCUCCUGUCAUGGCGCGACGCAGUAGAACGAUCCGUCACUACCGCCCAACUUUCGAUGGCACUGUACGUGUUGGAAUCGUGCGUCGCCUGGGACAAGAGCAUCAUGAAGGCGAAUUGUCAGUUCUGUCAAUCGGGAGAGUCCGAGGACAAGCUGCUGCUGUGCGACGGUUGCGACCGGGGUUAUCACACCUACUGCUUCAAGCCCCGCAUGGACAAGAUACCGGAUGGUGAUUGGUACUGCUUCGAGUGUAAAAACAAAGCUACCGGCGAUCGAAAGUGUAUUGUUUGUGGUGGUUUGAGGCCACCACCACUCGGCAAGAUGGUCUACUGUGAACUGUGCCCCCGAGCAUAUCAUCAGGAUUGUUACAUCCCACCCAUGUUGAAGUAUCCACGGGGCAAAUGGUACUGCCAGAAUUGCGUCGCAAAGGCACCACCGAAGAAGAAACCCCAGCGAAAGCCGAAGGAGCGCACCACCAACAAUAGCUCGCAGUCGAUGCUAAACUCAUCGCUGAACAGCUCGCAAAACCAGUCGUUGAACUCGUCCCACGAGGAUAUCGCAACGACGCCGUUAAGUCCAGCACAUUCAAUAGCGUCCACGAGUCAUGAAGAAUCGUCGGCGCCACAACAUCUACAGCAACAUCCGCACAUGCAGGGAGUGCCAACGGCAGCAAUGGUACCACCACCGUACCACCAACAACAACCAGUCCAUCCACACCAGCAGCCGUACAGUAGUGUCUCAUCCGUCGGUGGUGUAGUACCGAAUUAUUCCGUGUGUCAUCCGCCUCCACCUCCACCGCCUGCGCUGACCACGCAAACACUUCCACCACCGCCACCAGUGGACCAAAACAUAGCGGCCAUGUACAGCCAGCAGCAGCAGCAACAGUACUAUCAACAAAUUUAUCAGCAAUCCGGGCAGCCCAUGGUCGACAGUACGGUGCUUCCACCACCGCCAGCACCGGCAACCCAACAGCAACCACAGUAUUACCCAACACCUACUGGGGAAUAUAAUGCCGCUUAUGCGCAGCAUCAUGCUCAACAGGCCACUGCCAUGGAAGGUGAACAGAUGGUACCACACGGUGAAGGUGGCCAACAGGGAAAUCAAGCUACUUCAAUGGAAGGUUAUGCUGGAGUAAUACCCUCUGGUGUAGAAACUCCGCACCCAGGUGUUGGAGAGAAUUUGGGCAGCCAACAAAUGUCUUUGGAAGGCAAUCUAUCCUUAGCACAGCACGAUACACCCGCCGAGGCAUCCGCUGCCACGUCAGCUAGCUCUGCGUUAGCAUCGCCUUCUUCGAUGCAGACUGGCGGUGAGUACUGUCUCUCCGGCAACAGUGCAGCAGUCGCCUGUGGAAGCUCAUCGGUGGGCUACUUGGAUAGUGAACGACAAGGCACAAGUGGUGGUUCGGCAGUCUCCGGUACCGACGGCAGCAGCAGCGUCGGCGGCGAUGACUCGUCGGAGGAAUAUCAACCGCGGCCAUCUCCGGCAAAGGAAGCGGGCAGUAGCAGCAGCAGUAGUAGUAGCAGUAGUAGCAGUAGUAGUAGCAGCAGCAGUGGCAGCAGCGAGCAUCGGAAGGAGCGUUCGAAAGAACGGGACGAAGCGAAGGAACGCGCCAGACAGGAGAAGAAGGCAACGAAAAAGCUGCUCAAAGAGUUGGCCGUUUGCAAAACGAUCCUGGAGGAAAUGGAGCUUCAUGAAGAUUCGUGGCCAUUCUUGCUACCGGUGAACACGAAGCAGUUUCCAACGUAUCGCAAGGUCAUCAAAUGUCCGAUGGAUCUUUCGACGAUCAAAAAACGCCUCCAGGAUUUGGUGUAUAAAUCACGCGAAGAAUUUAUCGCAGACGUGCGGCAAAUUUUCGACAACUGUGAAGUUUUCAACGAAGAUGACUCACCCGUCGGUAUAGCCGGGCACGGCAUGCGUAAAUUUUUCGAGCAACGCUGGACCGACUUAACGGAUAAACACUCCUCCUGAUAUCAUCAGCAGCAUCCGAAUCCAUCUGCCACACUAGCCGCACCAUCCGUUGGACCGGAUCCGGUUGGGAAACCAGCCGAGGGAACAUCUGGUGGUAUAUUCCUUUCACCACCACCUCCUCCAGCACCACAAACAUCAUCGGCAAUGGUGAUGGCACCACCGCAACAGUAUUUAAACGAACAGUGCUCUUCGGAGUCUCACAGUUCUAUAGCGUCGGACGUUUUACCGUUGGAAAAAUCCUGCACGUACGAAGUCGGCAGCUCGAUGGCGACUAUUGACUAGGCUUGAGGAUGCUGGAAAAAGCCCUUCACAAACGUACUGUUCGAUACGACGAGCAAACCGGAGCAACCGCUAGUAUUAAAACGAACAAUACACAAUAUGCACUGAUUUGGUUGGCCAGCGCACGGGAGAGUCACAGAGAAACAAUUAACGCACGUGAUAAAGAGAAAAAACGAAACAGACAUUUUGAACCAGAGAAAAAAGACUGUACCGAGUAGGUAGCAGCAGGUGGCGCGUGUGUUUCGAGUGUGUGUUGGCUACGGAACUGGUCAUUAUUUUGAAAGUAACUGAAGGUACAUCGAAAAAAGGUAACCAAACCUGUAGGCAACUGAAUAUAAAAAGAAAAAAAGUAUGAUUUCACUGGUAAAUUGUUUACCGGUGGUGAUAUUGUUUUAGUGGAUGGAUCCUCGAAGACCUCCUUCGAACCAGGAUCGUUGGAUCCGUACUGAUAAAUAAUAUACUACUGUCAAUCACAGAAACAGCACAUCACAAAAACAAAAAAAAACAAUUCGAUAGCAAUCAUCGUAUAUGAACCCAAGGAUAGGGUAAAUAAUUCGAACCGUGGAAUGUACGAAGCGCAGUUAUUUGUGUAUUUGUAGACAAAUGAAAGUAAUAGGCUUAGAACAAGACGGACAAGAAUCAGAGAGAGAGAGAGAGAGAGAGUUGGUACGGGAAGACUUUAGAAAAUAUGGAUGAGACUCAUUUUAUUUUACGUUCAAAUGCGCCGCCCUCCCAAUUAAUAAUUGUACAUACUAGAAGAAUAGAGUAGUUUAGGUUUUUCUUUUGGUUUUACGUCAGUGUCGUCAUCACAAAGUGUGUGGGACAUGUUUUGCGCCAUGAUAAUUAAAAAGUGUCGAGUCGAGGGAUGGGUUGGGUCGGUUGGGACCUUUAAGUGAAUUAUUAUUUAAGUCAAAUGACACACAACAAAUAGAUUCCUACAAAUAAUAGAAGAUUUCUCACUCUAGGAGCGUUUCCAAGA